AUGUCGAUGGAACAGACCAAGCGCCUCAAGCUGGUGAUCGUCGGCGAUGGCGCGUGCGGCAAGACGUGUCUGCUCAUCGUCUUCUCAAGGGGCACAUUCCCCGAGGUGCGUCGCCGUUCGCGCGUCCGGCUUCCUGCUUGAGAUGCCGCAGUCAAAACGCGGAAUCGUGUGGCAGUCGAGAACUGUACCGGAGGGCAAGACAGUGGUGUACGCUGUCUCGCUGGAUCGGAUGCCGCCUAAGCAGUGUAGGCGUCGCGGCCGUCGUCAUCGUCGUCGUCGUCGUGACGCUCUGGGCCGCCGUGACGGACGACCGACCACACCGCGCGGAGGCACUCUCGCCGGCCCGUUCCGGAGACGACCCGUUCCGGAGACGACCCGUUCCGGAGACGACCACCACGACGAUUCCACCCCACGCUCGUUAGCGUCAGCUCGACGGUCGAUCUUGCCAUGCAAAUUCAGUCAUCAGAGAUCUGUUCCUGCUCUCUGAUGCACGUGUGCUGACACUGGUGCUCCUUAUCUUUGCCACGCGGUGGUGCCUACGACGCUCGAUUCCCUCUUCGUUUGCAGGUCUACGUCCCGACCGUCUUCGAGAACUACGUCGCAGAUGUCGUCGUCGAUUGCAAGCGCGUCGAGUUGGCGUUGUGGGAUACCGCCGGCCAGGAGGACUACGAUCGUCUGCGACCCCUGUCAUACCCGGAUUCGCACGUGAUCCUCAUUUGUUUCGCGGUCGACUCACCCGACUCGCUCGACAACGUUCAGGAGAAGUGGAUCUCGGAGGUGUUGCACUUCUGCUCCGGCCUGCCCAUCAUCCUCGUCGGGUGCAAGAAGGAUCUUCGACAUGACCCCAAGACGAUCGACGAGUUGCGAAGGACGUCGCAACGCCCUGUGACGAGCCAGGAGGGCGAGUCGGUGCGCCAAAAAAUCGGCGCGACGAGAUACCUCGAGUGCUCGGCCAAGUCCGGCGAGGGCGUGCGUGAGGUGUUUGAGCAGGCGACCCGAUUGGCGCUUUUGUCGUGCAAGAGGCGUAAAAAGUCGAGCGGGUGCAAGAUCCUCUAG